CUUGCUGCACAAAUCAUGUGCUGAGUUGCCCAAAAAAAUCAAGCACCCUUUUCACCAAAUACACCCUCUUACCCUUCGCACCAAGGAUGAUGGGAGUCCCUUAAGUUGCAAAGCAUGUCUGAUGCCUUGUGGUCGCCUCAUCUACCAUUGUUCCAAGUGUGAACACUCCUUGCACAUCAAAUAUGCUUCCCCAGUAAGAAUAGUGAGGUCUAAAAUUCACCACCACUCUCUUGCUUUCGUGGAUUUCCCCUAUCCCCGCGGCAGCAAUCCUAUUGGUUCCUUCAACCAUCCUGAUUCCAACUGUAGAGAUUGUGGUGGUAAUUUCAUGACACCAGAGUUUUGUGAAGAUAAUUUCCCGAUGCCAAAGGUUUACCGUUGUGUGGACUGCAACUUUAAUAUCCAUCUCAAGUGCAUUCCAACAUUACCAGAAACCGUCCAAAAUGGCCACAGACAUCGCCUCACUAUCACUGAUUCAAUGGUUAAAGACCGUCCGGACGAAGAUGAAGAAGAUCCAACCAUAGUGUACUAUUGCGAUGCAUGCGAGCAACGAAGACGCCUAGUUGAUCGCACUUAUUAUUGUACUGAAUGCCACUUUGUUUCUCAUGUUGAUUGCGAUUCCGUGGCCUCUGAGGUUGUAAAGUCACUAGAGACAGAAUCGUUCUUGGCCAAAGAGAACACCGUCACCAAAAAAUGGACAAGCAAAGCGGUAAAUAUAUUAUUGCUACUAUUUAUAUUUUCGUUAUUACUGCUGUCAGAUAGUUACAGAAGCAAAGGGCGUUGCUUGGUCUGAUGGUAAAAUCUUCAGCCUGUCUAAUUAUGAAAUAUGUAAGAAGGGCUGAUCUGUAUAUAUAUUUGAGAGCUUUCAUUUUGAUUGAACUGUGUACUAAUGAAGCAUUAGAUUUGAAGUAUUGUUGAUUUAGUUGCAAAUGCGCAUAAAGUUUGGUACUGUUAAAUUAUAACAGUUCAUUUGACAUGCUGUUGAAGAGUCUUUCUCUUGAGAUCUUGUCAAAAUUUUGAUGUUAAAUCCUGCAACAAAGAUUGUCUGCCUUGAUGAGUUUGUUGAGUGCUAGCGUUUAGUUGUUUUGGAAGGCAGCUCUGUUAAGGCCUUUAUUUGAUAUAUGUCAACAUUUUAUCAA